GAAACCAGAGAAGAAGAAGAACCAGCAGCAGAAUAAAAACCAGAGAAGAAGAAGACGAGGCGGAAGUGAUCUGUAGCAUAAGUCCGGCGGGAACUUUUUCGUCAUUUCGUUGUUUUUGUUAAAGUUAAAAUGUUAAAAUGACGUUUGAGCUACACAGAUGCUGACAGCCAACACGGACUGGCGAUAGCUAACGGCUAGCUGCUAACCUGUCAUUGAACCACUGCUGCUCCGAGCUAACGAGCUGCUAAGGAGCUGCUAACUCUGUGGCUAACCUGUGGCUAACCUGUGGCUCUGCCAGAAGUUACCAGAGGGACAACAGCUGACUGAACGUGUCUCCAAGGAGAUGAGCAGCUCGGCUCUGAGGAAGAGGAGGACAACGGGAAGUCCUCAGGUCUCCAGGCCAAACAGCAAGAACAGCCGGGCCACCAACGCUAAGAGGGCGGCUAGCAGGACGGCUAGCGUUAGCAUGGCUUCCCCGACAGAGACCAUCGAUGUAAUGGACAACACUGAGGAGGGUGUGGAGGAGGUGGUCGAUCUCACCUGUGAAGGAUCAGAAGCUGCAGUGGUCGACCUCACCAACAACGACUCUGUGCUGCUAGUGGAUGAAGGUCCUCAAAACAGGAGACUAGCGGCAGCAGAGAGUUACGUCGUCAGCAGCGAUGAAGACGAAGACACGUCGCCCGUGCUCAACGCUGCUGCCAUAUCAUCUGCACACACCUCCAGGGCGACUCCAGGUGUGAUCAGCUGUCCCGUCUGUCUGGACUUUUAUUCUGAGAUCGUCGAGAGCGGCCGAUUGGUUGUUUCCACCAAAUGUGGUCACGUGUUCUGCAGCCAGUGUCUCAGAGACGCCCUGACGUCAUCACGCACCUGCCCCACCUGCAGGAAGAAGCUCACCCCCCGACAGUACCACCCCCUCUACGUCUGAUGUCACCAUGGCGAUGCCACCCCCUCUACGUCUGAUGUCACCAUGGCGAUGCCGCCCCCUCUACGUCUGCGCUGCCAUUGGAUGCCUCCAGAGACUUUUGCAGCUAAAACUUUUUUUGGUGUUUUCACUCUUCUCAAUGUGGGUUGAUUGAUUGAUUGAUUGGUUGAUUUGUACUGGUGAGUUUCUUGGUUCAUUUCUGUUUCCUGUUUGUCAAUAAAUAAAUUUGUUUGGUUUGUGUUGA